CCGGAGGAGGAGCAGGACCCCGAGGAGAGAGACCACUUCCUGCAGCAGCUGUACAAGUUCAUGGAGGACCGAGGGACCCCCAUCAACAAGCCUCCUGUCCUGGGCUACAAAGAUCUGAACCUGUUCAAGCUCUUCAGACUCGUUUAUCAGCAGGGAGGCUGCCGCAAGAUCGAGAGCGGGACGGUGUGGAAGCAGAUCUAUAUGGACCUGGGGAUCCCCGUCCUGAACUCUGCUGCGUCCUACAACGUCAAGACGGCCUACAGGAAGUACCUUUACGGUUUCGAGGAGUACUGCCGCUCCGCGUCCAUCACCUUCAGGACCAUCCACCACAACAACCCCCGCCCCCCCUCCACACCAGCCAAUCAGAAGCCAGCAGAGCCUAAAGAGUCCCCGUCGCCGCCGAUGAAGGCGGAGCCCGAAGACGAUGACAAGGCGGAGGAGGCGGAGUCAGAGAGCGAGAGCGAGAAGGAGGAGGUGAAGGAGGCGCAGUCGUCCCCGAGGGGGAGGAGGAGGUGUGUGAGACCGGAGAGAGAGCCUCCCUCCAGACCAGAGAAGAGAGGAGGAGGAGGAGAAGAGAACAGCGAGGAGCAGAGGGAGGUGAGGAGACGCAGCAACAGACGAAUGGAUGACUCAGAGAGAGGCUCUGAGGAUGAGGAGGAUGAUGACGAUGAAGAAGACGACGAGGAGAGUGAGAGGAGGAGAAUGGACAGGAGCGACGAUGACGAGGACGCCGACUCCGUGGCGGGGACGAAGGUGAGGGUGAAAUACGGCAAAGGAAAAACUCAGAAGAUCUAUGAAGCUCACAUCAAGAAGACGGACAACGAUAACGGAGAGCAGUUCUACCUGGUUCACUAUUACGGCUGGAACGUCAGGUACGACGAGUGGGUGAAGGCCGACCGCAUCAUCUGGCCGGUGGAGAAAGGAACGAAGAAGAGACAGAGGAAGAAGGUAAAGCAGAACAAAGACAAGGACGAACCGGACAAAGACGACGAGAAGCCGACAAUGGCUCCGUUGAAGCCUCCGGGAGCGAAGCGGGGACGUCCUCAGAUCAGGACCCCCCCCACCAGCUCGGCCGGCCGCAGCGUCUCCAACACGCCGAGCAGCGAGGGACGGUCCAACGGCAAGAGCAGCAAGGCCGAGACGCCGCCCAGCAUGUCCAACGGAGACAAUACUCCUCGGAGGAGAACCAGAAGAACGUCCGGCAUGUACGACUCCGACCGGGCUUCAAACGAGGAUUCUGGGAACUCGUCAGAGGACAGCGAAUCAGAAGACCCGCCUGACAAAAAGCCGUCGCCAUGGCGAGGAAGGAGUGAAGCCCCGCCCACCCAGGAGGAGGAGGUGAAGGAGGAAGAAGAGGAGGAGGAGGAGGAAGAAGAAGAAGAAGAGGAAGAAGAAGAAGAAGAAGAGGAGGAGCAGCAGCAGAGUGAGGUCAUUAAUGUCCCGCCUCCUCCUAAUAACAAUGCUGUCACCCCGGCAACGACGGGUCAGCCGCCCGCCCCCCCCGCCCCACCGUGUCCCAGCAUCCCUCAGGAGACAGCUGACAAAGCCUUGAGCCAAUCGGAGAAGAGGGAGGCUGAGCAGGGGGAGGAGCCUGUGGAGGAAGCCGCCAUGUUGCCUGUUCCCCUGGAAACGGAGGACAAGACGUCGCCAGUCCCGAAGACGCCGCCGGUCCCGAAGACGCCGCCGGUACCGAAGACGCCGCCGGUACCGAAGACGCCGCCGGUACCGAAGACGCCGCCGGUCCCGAAGACGUCGCCGGUCCCGAAGACGUCGCCGGUCCCGAAGACUCCGCCGGUCCUAAAGACGCCGCCGGUACCGAAGACGCCGCCGGUCCCGAAGACGCCACCGGUACCGAAGACGCCGCCGGUCCCAGAGAAACCACAGGAAGUGCUCACCAAGACGUCUCCCAGCAAAAUGCUGGCUCUUCCUCCUCUUCUUCCACUUCCUCCCGUCCCUGAGAAGCCGCCGUCGUCCUCACCGUCCACUGACGUCGCAGUGGACGACAACAGCAGGCCCACUCCUCUGUCCUCCCCCAGGGCCAAAGGUCGCCGGACUAUCCUGAGGGAGGCGAGGUCUGACACUCCUCCCAGACUCUCCCUCUGCAUGCCAAGCCCCGCCCCCCCUGCUGCCGGCAGCCCCCCCCACCCGGCGCUGUCGUCUUCUCCUCGUGGCGUCCUGAAGCGACAGGACGAGCCCAUGGUGCUCCUCCACUGCCUCCCCCCGCCACGCCUCGCGGCUGACUCCGACACCGAUUCCGCCUCCGAAGAGGAGGAGGUGGGGGAGGCGGAGGGGGUGGGGCUGACAGAGGAGCGAGGAGGCGCACCGCUCAAACGGAAGGCGGCGGAGCAGCGAGCACCGGAGAAGAAGCUCCGCCCUGACAGAAGGUCAGAGGAGCUCAAACCCGCCUCGCCUAAGAUGGCUGCCGGGGCGUCCCCCAAGCCCCUCCCCUCACCGCUGCAGAGGAACGACACGCCUGCCAAGGCCGAGGAAACGCCGAGAGAAGCGACAGAGGAGCGUCUGAAGGAGCCGGAGGUGCAUGCUGGGACGCCCCCCCGGCCUGUGGAGGCCCUGGGCCCCGCCCCCAUAGGCCCCGCCCCUCAGGGCCCCGCCCCCCCCGAGGAGCCCCAGAUGGACCCAGAGGCGCUGGUCUGCCACGAGGUCGACCUGGACGACCUGGACGAGAAGGAGAAGCCCACCGCCGCCGCCGCUGUUGCCGCUGAGCACCUCCUGCUGAUGAUGAGGGACCAGCCGGCCCCCCACCUCCUCCUCGCCUCCCCCCACGCCCCCCUCCUCCCCCAGCCACAGGUCAGACCCUUCCUCCCCUCUGCCCCCCCCUGCCCCGAGGAGCUCCGCCCCGCCAGGAGCACAGAGGAGGAGCGAGGAGGGGAGCCGGCAGGAGAUGCAGACUCCAGCCCCGGGUUCGAUGGCAGCACCUCCUCCACCUCCACCUGCACCUCCUCCUGCACCUCCUCCUCCACCUCCCUGCUGGGCCUGCAGAAGAAGACAGACAGAGGUCAGAAGAGGGUGAUGGACUGUAACUUGAGUCCGUCGGCAAAGAAACCGAAACGCAACCAGAAACGACCGAAUACGCCCGGAAAGGUGGAGAAGAACGGAGCAGGUCACAGCAGCGACAGUGAGGAUCAGUCCCGGGUGUCUCUGUCUAAAUCUCAGCAGAAGUCUCGAUGUCCGUCUCUGUCGUCUCCGUCUCACAAAGACAAACAGAACUUCCCGUCGCCGCAGCAACGCACCUACAAGUGGACCUUCCAGCUCGAUGACUUGGACAGCAUGUCCAGCACAGAGAGGAUCUCCUUCCUGCAGGAGAAGCUUCAGGAGAUCAGGAAGUACUACCUGAGCCUGAAGUCUGAGGUCGCGUCCAUCGACCGCCGCAGGAAGCGACUAAAGAAGAAGGAGAGAGAAGUCUCUAACACCACAGCUUCGACCUCUUCGGGCUCCUCAGACACCGGUAUGAGUCCGUCCUCGGCGUCGCCUACUCAGAACUCAGUAGCUGUGGAGUGCAGGUGAUGACACGCCCACCAUGGCCCCGCCCACUCACACACCUGCCCCCCCCCUCCCCCCACCUGCCCUCCAUCACGCCCCCCCCCCCCCCCGCCUCCUCUGAGGGGCGAUGGGGACAAACGUAUGAACUCUGAUGGGGAUUAUGGCGUGUGACGGGGGGGCGCUAUCACCUGAGCUUAGCCCCGCCCCCCCACCUCACCUAUGGACUUCCUGUUUGAGGAGAUAAAUGUUUCGGUCUGUCGAGCCGCCUCAGUACCGCCGCCCAGAGGUCAGAGGUCACACUGCAGCUCAUUAUGCAAAUUUAUUUUUCUUCUUUUUUUUUCUUCUCUUUUUUUUUUUUUAGUUAAAUUAAAACUUGUUAAGAAAAAAAAAGUUUGGAGAUGAAAAAAAAAAAGUUGGUGACUUCCUGCUGUGAAAGUUUUUGGUCUUUUUAUACGAAUCAGAGUUUUUAUUUUUGGUUAAAAACAAAAAAAAAACAUCUAAAAAAAGUUUGUGAUGUCACCGCCGGACAGGAAACAGGAAAUGAAUCUUUGUAGAGAUCGACUUUUUGUUUUUUUGUGUAAAAUAAUUCAAAUGAAGCUUCGCAGCUCGUUAAAUAUUUAUUCAGUUAUGUGUUUGUAUGGAAGCUCGAAGCUGCCAGAAAAAUAAAAAGCAGGUAAAAUCAAUAACUCACAUUUCCUCAUUUUGACUUUAAACAGAUUUGGACUUUUGAAUUAAAAUUAUGAUUUAUAAUCUCAUCACUGAGUCAUUAAUCUGAUUUAGUGAUUUUAAAAAAUAUGAUUUUUGUCUCAUAAUAAUUUGGAUUUUAUUUCUUUUGUGUCGUAAUUUUGAAGUAAAUUGAAAUAUUUAAA